UUGAGUUGCCCAUCAUUGGUCUAUUCUAUACCUCGUCUGUGAUUAUAGUCCGAGGGGGUAAGCGCAAUUUAUUUCGGAGCACAUUCCGAUCAGGUGCCAUUGACGGAGACACGUGUAUGUAGAUCUUAAAACUGGCACCUGCCAGUGAACAGGUGAAGAGAUUACUUCUGCACGAUGACGCUCGUACCUUUUACCAGAUACCUAUAACAUCUUCUCAUUGAAGUCUGAAUGUUCGCUCGUAGUGAACGCUGAACGUUAGCGACGAGGCGGUCGAACUUAUGAGGACGUUCGUGCCGCCUUAUCCGACACGAUACGGUGCAAUUAGAAGAGACGGGGCAAUACGUUGAGAAAUAUUACGUUUCAUGCAUGAAAAUGUCCUCGGAACCGUCCCUGAACGAUGUGCCAAAUGUCAUGUCGAGGCUGCAUAAUUUACGCUCAAGUCAGGAAGACGGCGACAAUCCUCAGGGGAACUUAGAGUUGGUGAGCCUCAUCGACUACGUAGAUUCAUCUCGGGAGCCUGUACGAAACACUCAGCCAAUUGUCAAUGUCACCCUUUCACGAGCCAGACGUGCACUUAAUUUUGUUUAUGAGGAGGAUCAGCCAACUUCCUCUACGGCUAGAAGUGGAGAGACUUCAUUCUCUAAUGGGGAUAAGCCUCCAACAAACGCAGCAAAUACAUUGCAUUUGGAAGGAAGACCCCAGAAUGUACCUUUAGAAAAUACAACCACAAAUAAUCAAGCUAGUGUUGCGUAUAAUUGGCAGAGUACAAAGGCUACAAUGCGUGAAAGGAUUGUCUUUCUGUUUAAUAAUGAGAUACUGUCUGAUGUGAGUUUCAUAGUAGGGAGAGGAGCUCAGAAACAACGUAUACCAGCUCAUAAGCUAGUCCUAUCAUCUGGAAGUGCUGUUUUCGAUGCAAUGUUCAAUGGAACACUUGCAACAACUUCUUCGGAGAUAGAAGUACCUGAUGUAGAACCUGUUGCCUUCUUGGCAGUGCUUCUUUUUUUAUAUACUGAUAAAAUAGAGAUAGAUCCUGAGAGUGUGAUGAUGACAUUAUACACGGCUAAGAAAUAUGCUGUGUCGGCUUUAGAGAAACACUGUGUGGAUUAUCUGAAGAGUAACUUAACUAGUGAUAAUGCUUUUUUGCUUCUGACACAAGCUCGUCUGUUUGACGAGCCUCAACUGGCUGCAGUCUGCUUGGACACCAUAGAUAGAUUUACUAGGGAAGCACUGAAUGCGGAUGGAUUCACAGAUAUUGAUAUUGACACACUGAAAAUUGUCUUGGAAAGAGACACCCUUCGUGUUAGAGAGUCUAAAAUAUUCCAAGCAGUUCUAAGAUGGUCAGAGGCAGAAUGUAUAAGGCAUCAGCUACCAGUUACUCCAGAAAAUCAACGUUUAGUUUUGGGUAGUGCUUUCUCGUUGAUUCGCUUUCCUUUAAUGUCCAAAGAAGAAUUUACUGCUGGUCCAGCACUAUCAGGACUUCUGAAUUAUUCAGAGGUUCUCUCUUUAUUUUCGUAUUUCAUAUUGAACCCAAAACCAGUAGUUGAAUUUCAAACAAUGCCCCGUUGUUGUAUGACUGGCAAGGAACAAACUGUAUGCAGAUUUCAACAUACUAAAAGUAGAUGGGGAUACAAUGGAACAAGUGACCGCAUAAGAUUUAGUGUCGAUAGGCGUAUAUUUUUGAUUGGCUAUGGAGUCUACGGUAGUAUGCAUGGCCCAGCGAUAUACGAAGUAUUAAUAGAAUUGAUACACACUGCUUCGGGGAAAGUGAUUGCUACGAAUUCAACAAGUUUUAGCUGUGAUGGUUCUAAGUACACUUAUCGUUUAAUGUUCAAAGAAUUAGCAGAAAUUCUACCAAAUACGAUUUAUACCGCGUCAGCAACAUUUAAGGGUCCUUACUCCCACUAUGGAACUAAGGGUUUAAAAACAGUUAUGGUGGAUAGUGAUUCGGGAAAUGGAAAAGUUAAGUUCGAAUUUAGUAUUGAGUCUGGUGAUAAUAAUGGAACGUCUACUGACGAGGGACAAAUUCCUGAGCUCAUAUUUUACACUUCGUAACUCAUGUACAUAAUAAUGACAUUCCUUUAAUCAGCUUCACUGUCUAUCAAAAUUGAUUACAUUAAAUUAAAUUGUACAAAAGUUUUAUAUGUC